GAAACAAAUAAUCGCCACCGAAAAUAUUGACGUGUACCAAUUAGGUGGCAGGGAAAAGGAAAGCUGGAUGUGAAAAUUCGUGCCCGUUUGUUCCCGUGUACCCAAAGCUUCUACCAACAAACGACGCGAAUAGUGGAUUGUUGGACGGUGUGUUGGUCUGUUUGCCACCGGGAUGAACUUCCUCAAGAGUGGCCUACAGACGGUGCUCGGUUCGCAGCAACCUAACCAGGCGCCGAGCGGUGCCGAAACGGUGGAACUGCUGGUGGAACGGGUCACAUCGUCGACCCUGCUGGAGGACCGCCGCGAUGCAUGUCGGGCGCUGAAAGCCCUCUCGAAAAAGUAUCGCAUUGAGGUAGGCAUCGGUAUGAACGCGAUGCUCCAGGUGCUCGAGAACGAUCGGACGGACUGCGAAAUAAUCGGGUACUGUCUCGACACGCUGUGCCAUGUAACGUCGCCCGAGCAGUUCGAAGAGGAGGAAGACAACCCGAACGUGACGGCCAACAUUGGUGAGCAGUUUACGGAGAUUUUCAUCAAAAACUCGGACAAUGUGUGUCUGGUGCUGGCGUGCCUGGAGGAGUACGAUUUUCGGGUCCGGUGGGCGGCGAUUAAGCUGCUGACGAAUCUGCUCGCCAACCGGCCGAAGGAGAUACAGGAGAUAGUGCUCGUCAGCCCGAUGGGCGUGUCGAAGAUGAUGGAUCUGCUGAUCGACAGCCGGGAGGUGAUCCGGAACGAUGCACUGCUGCUGAUGAUACAGCUAACCAAGGGCAACGGAAACAUACAGAAGAUUGUGGCGUUUGAGAACGCGUUCGAUCGGCUGCUGGACGUGAUCAAGGAGGAGGGCUGCUCGGACGGUGGCAUCGUGGUGGAGGAUUGUCUUAUACUGAUGCUGAACCUGCUCAAAAACAACCCGAGCAAUCAGCAGUUCUUCAAGGAAGGUUCGUACAUUCAGCGGUUAGCGCCGAUGCUGGAGCUUUCCACCGAUCAGGAUCAGGCGGGCAUGAGCCCGCAGAAGGUUUCCAAUCUGCACUGCAUGCUGCAGGUGGUCAGGGCACUGGUCUGCCCGAGCAAUCCGCAGCAGGUGAUCAGCUCCUGCCAAAAAGCGAUCCGUAGCUCCGGGUUGCUGUCGGCCAUCUGCAACAUCAUAAUGGCCAGCGGAGUGCCGCCGGAUUUGUUGAUCGAAACGAUCAACACGAUCGCCGAGGUGAUUCGGGGCGAUGGGCAGAAUCAGGACUACUUUAACUCGUUCAUGGCACCGUGCGAUCCGCCACUGUCCGCGAUCGUGCUGCUGCUGAUGUCGAUGGUGAACGAGAAGCAGCCGCUUUCGCUUCGCUGUGCCGUGCUGUACUGCUUCCAGAGCUAUCUCUACCGGAACGAGGCCGGGCAGACGUCGCUCGUGAAAACGCUGCUACAGUCCUCAGAGCAGACGCAAUCCAUCACCAGCGGCCAGCUGCUCUGCCGCAGUCUGUUCAGCACCGACCCCCUGUCGAACUGGUUCGCCGCCGUCUCCAUGAGCCACGCACUGUUGGAAAAUCCGGCCCAAAAGGAGCAGCUGUUGCGCGUGGUGCUGGCCACUUCGCACACCAGCAAACCGGUCUCGCUGCUGGAGCAGUGCAAUCAGCUGCUGCAGCAGGCGAACUGCAAAUUCCAAAGCAAGGUCGGGCUGCUGAUGCUGCUGUCCGUGUGGCUCAGCCACUGUCAGCUGGCGGUGCGCACAUUCCUCUCCAUCCCGGGUACGGUCGCGUACCUGACGGGGCAAAUCUCCGCCAACGAGCACGGCGACAACGAGUAUCUGGUGCAGGGGCUGUGCGCCUUCCUGAUGGGGAUCUGCAUCCAGUUCAACGAUAACAGCGUGCAGGAGCAUCAGCGCGAGUUUCUCUGCCAGCUGCUGGUGAAGCGCAUCGGGCUCGACACGUACAACAAAAAGCUGGGCGAAGUAUCCAAGCACGAAAAUUACAGCAAAUCCGCAAAACAGCCGCAAAUUCGCAUCGCCGCCACAACCGAUCUGCUGCUGGAUUAUGAAUUCUGCCGACUGUUCAAAGCGCUCGAGGCGGUCAUCUCCAAAACGGUCAACGGGUUCAGCUCCGGUGGGGAAAACAUUACCGAGCUCACGCUCAGCCAGGAAGCGUCCGGGUUGGUCGCGCAGUAUAAAGACAUCAUACGCGAGCAGGAUACGCGACUGCAGGCGCUACAGCAGCAACUCGCGCACCAGGAAGCAAAAGUGCGCGAGCUGUCCGGUGCGCUGGAACAAUCGCAAUCGAGCAAUGCGCAACUGCAGGAUCAGAACAUACUGCUGAAAGCGCAGCUACAGGCAGCGGCUGAUUUGCGCCAGCAAACGCUCUCCUCUUCGGCCUCCUCCCCGCUCCACCUGCUGCCCGCACAAGGCGAUCAUCAGCAGGAAGUGCUCGAGAAGCGGCUCUCCAUGCUGUCGCUCGAGCAGCAAACGGAUCGUGCAAAGCUAGCCUACUAUGAGUCAGAAAAUAGCCGGCUGCUGGGUGAGCUGGAUCAGCUGCGGGCGCGCGUCAGUGUGGCGGAAGGUAAAGCGAACGAAUCCGGCACCGAGCUGGACAAGCUGCGCAAGGAUCAGGAAGAUCUGCUGGAACUGCUGACCGAUCAGGAGAGCAAGAUGCAACGCUACCGGAUGGAGCUGAAACGGGUAACGGGCCAAUCGUUCGACGAGGAUGACGAUGUGGACGAUGAACUGCAAGCGAUCGAGGCGAACGAUGGCGAAGGCAAAGACACGACGAGCAUGGCCAACUCUUCCAACCAUCCCGGAGGGUUUGUGUGUUAACGACAGAGCGAUAUCAUCGUUCGCUAUGGAUAACCGCACUUCAUCAUACACUAACCGCUUGUUAAGGAGGGAUUUUGGAGUCCCUUCGGUAUUAUUUCGCUAGACACGAUUUUUCUGCCAAUGCAACAAACACGCCUACAUACAAAGAGGAGCGUUAAUAAAAGUUCUUUCCAAGUACAACCGAAUCGUCCGGGUUUUGUAAAUAUGCCUCUAUAGUAUAAAAGUACAUUCCCGGGUUGAUGUUUGUGUUAAGUUGGCAAUAAAGUAUUGCGUAUUCUAUGCUUUUACAAUUCAA